UCAACAACCCCCCAUUACUUGGACAAGCAUCUGCUAGCUAUCGAGGGAUUCUUCGUGUCUUGUUUUGUUACAAAGAGGUCGAGCGGAGCAUCAUCUUCAGCAAAAGAGGGGGUUUCUAUUUUUGCAUCCACGACACACUUUCUGAAACGGAAUAGGAAGGAGAGAAGGAGUACAUCAGGAGAUCCAAAAGACGAACCACAGACAACAGCAUCGAUUUUCGCAACAUACAACAACUGCGUGUGGCAAAUCUAUUCAUACACAAUGUCUACCACAUAUUUGAGCAUCUAUGACCUGCUCCGCAUCACGUACACAUACGAAUCGCAAGCCAUGGAAGGAGACUGCCAGCGGCCAUCGAGUCGGCAUCGUUCAGAAUCUCAGGUGUCUUCAUGUUCUACACCUGAGCUCUGUAUGCACGUUGCUGCAUCGACAACGCCCUCCAUGUCGUAUGCAGAGCUUGAGACAGAUUUCACUGACUUGUAUGCGAAGAAGAAAAGAGAUAGUUGUGUAUCCAUGACAUGA